ACCAUGGGUUGAUAGUUUUGUCAUGCACACAUCCGAUUAUGAAGGAUAUGUAACAAGUCAUGAAAUGCUUCUUCGACUUAUUCAAGAAUUUGAAUUGGACACCUAUUCUGGAUAUGUUGUUAAAAAGACAAGGAGGAGUUAUGGAAAGGAAUUAGAUUUGAAGAACCUGCCAGGAAAGAUUCGGUGGCAGGACUCACAGGAUGGUGCUCGUCCACAGCUCAAGUGUGAUGGGAUUCCAUUUAUUAUCAUGGGUGCGAGGACAUUAGAGUGUGACUUUGGCCCUGAUAGAGAGAAGAAAAGGAGAGCAGAAAGAGCUGCUAUGCAUGAAAGAAUGAAAGAUCUUCCUCCUCAUGCAAGAAAGCAGAGGCGUCGAUUCAAGGCCACUAAGAAGAUUGAUUGCCAUGCCAAAAUUUACAUACGUCACAUCGUGAAAUUUCCGGAAUACGAGUUUAUUGAUGCUAUAAAAGACAGGAGACAGCGGGAAGUAAUGGCUGUGCGAAUGCAGCAUGAUUUCAAGAGAAGAGAAGAUAUUGAAAUAGAGCAUCAGUACCUUGUCCAGCUUCCUACUCAUCAUGAUAAUCAUAUCUUAAUUGAGCCUGUACCACUAGUGUCGCCUGUAGACCACCACUUAGCUGCUUACAUCCACAAGGUUGUGAUUGAAGAUCACCUUUACAGUUCAAGGGAAGUGAAGACACUUUUACGUGAUUAUAUGCUUUCCAGUGAAGAACUUUUCAAGGAUAAACCCCCUCCUCCAAGAACCAAUGGGAGAUACUGGCCCACUCUUAUGCACAUCAGGAAUCUUAUGCUUCUAGCUCUCAUGCGUCACAGAGAUAGUUCCUAUGAUCAGUCAAAUCUUGAGAACAUGGUGGAUCAGUGGCAGCAGGACUGGCCGAAUGACUACUUCUUUUUACGCUUUAAACCAGACAGUGAUCUAGAGCUUCCAUCUGUGGAAACAAAUGAAGAAAACAUACUUUAUGCCAUGAAUGUUGCUAUUGCCAACCAGUUAGUUGGGGAAAGACAAAAAUUCCUCUUUGUUCACCAGACAAAUUGGCAAAGAGAUCUUUUGCAGAUGUAUGGCAAUGAAGUGUGUGUUUUAGAUGCAGCAUAUCGGUCAGUGAAGCACCCACUUCCAUUGUACUUUGUGCUGGUUCCUACAAAUGUGAACUUUGUGAUUGUUGCGUCCUUUAUUCUAGAGACAGAAGAUAAAGAAUCUAUUCGUGAAGCUCUUGAAAUCCUUUGCAGCUGGAAUUUGGAAUGGACUCCCAAGUAUUUCCUUACUGAUUUCUCUACUGAAGAAAUUGCUGCAGUGGAAACAAUAUUUUAUGAUAGUCAGACUAGUGUAUACCUCUGUGACUACCAGCGGCUUUUAAAUUGGGAUCGUUGGCUUUCCUCUCCAGUAAACCGUAUUUACCAACAUAAAGAAAAUGUUUUGAUGAUACUGAAAGAUAUUGCGGACUCAGAAACAGAAGAAGAAUUUCAGGAGAACCUGAUUUAUCUCGAGGGUAGUGAAUUCUGGCAAAACAAUGCUCAUUUACGUCGGUGGUUUCAAGAAGAGUGGUUAGUAAAUAAAAUGAGAUGGGUCAAACUGUAUCGCAGUAAGAGGUUCAAUGCCAUCAAUACCUGCUUUGCUAGGCUAAAACCAGAGGACUUGAUAUCGCACAGCUUUGAGAAUAUAGAUACCCUUGGUCAAUUAAUGUAUGUGCUGAUUAAUGGCUUCCUUCCAGAAGUUCACCAAAGGUACCUUCGUGAAAAUAUCCGCUGCAGCUCUGAGGUUCGAGCCCUUGGCACAACUAUCCCAGUCUUUCUGAGAAACAGACCUAUGCAUUUUGUUAAGCACAUGAUGGAAAGAUGGGAAGAUAGUAAAGCAUAUAAAAAUCAUGUGAUAAAAACUGUCAAUAAUAACGUGUUUCAUGUAAGUAGUCCAUCUUCAGAGGAGGCUGUGUCUGAAGUUCAGUUAGAUGCUGGAGAAGGUUUCCCUAAUUGUCAGUGCAAAGACUGGCAGGCAUUCAAUUACCCUUGCAAACACAUUAUGGCAGUUAUUACAUCUGAUCUCCAUCCAUCCAUCACUUGGGAUAGCUUACCAGAGCAAUAUAGAAAUAGUCCUUUUAUAACUCUUCAUCUUUCCAUGGUUGUGUCAACCAUCAAACAGGAACAAGAUAAACAAGAUAUUCCUUCUAUCAGUGAUGGAUCUGUAAAGGAUAAAACUAUUUUGAUACAAAAUUUGGCCAAGAAAGUAAGAAGUUUGUCAGGAGAAAUUGCAGGCCUCACAUAUUUAUGUCAAGACACUGACAUACUGCACACCGUGUCUGACAAUUUGGAGCAGCUGAAAACUACCCUUUUAAAGUCAUGUCCUGGUGAUGUUGUCCACCUGUUUAGAUGAUGAAAAGAAGAAAUAAACAUUUUGUAUCUACAGCUUGUACAAAUGAAAAAGUUCCAGAUGAUGCAUUAUACAGUACAACCUAAUUUUUAAUGGCUUCAUGUACAGUAUGGGAUAUUAUAUUUAUUUAAAUAUAUGUAAAAAUGUCAUAAAUUUUUAUGUUGUGUAUGUAUAUAAACUGGCCAUUUAUGAAACUUCAUUUUUUGUAAAUCAUUGUAUAUAAUGCAAGCUUUUGUAAUUAUAUUUAUUUACUAC